CUUUACAUUGAUUUGUCAAUUUCGCAAACAUGGCGACCGGUCCGAAAAUUGUGUUAGAUCCUGUAGAGCUUUUAACACCUGAUCUUACUCGCCCAGAGCCCUACAUCAAUAAAUUUUGGGCCCCCGUCAUCUGUGGUGGUCUGGCGUUUUUGGGUGUAUGCUUUGGAAAUUAUGCAACCCCAAGACCCGUAUUUAGCGGUUUGCAGAGACAUUUAGCCGCUACAGGUAUUGGAGGGUACAUUGGUCACGUUAUAGACGGUUAUAGAAACUCACAUUAUGCAGAACGUGACGCCGUAUUGAGACAUUAUAUUCAGUUGCAUCCUGAUGAUUUUCCCAUACCAGAGAGGAAGAAGUUUUCUGAGGUUUUUGAACCUUGGGUUCCUAUCCGAUAAAGAAAAAAAUUAAGGGGAAAUAUUGAAGUAGUAAUCUUUCAUUGUAUAUAAGAACCUUUAAAUAAAUUAAUUUUAAAAAAUAA